CAUCAAUAAUGGAUUCAACAAGAGAUCAGUCACUGAGAUUCAGACUCAGCAUUGCAAUUCUAUGUUUCUUCCUCGUCGCUUCCUCUAUUGUCCUUCUUUGUGAUACAAGAAGCCAUGGUCAGAUAUUCUUAAACAUCAAAUUAAACCAUAGAAUCUCCUCCUCCAGCAAGCCAUGGAAGAAUCUGAAAUCUCUCAAACACUUCUUAGACCCCAGAGACAUUAACUCCCCAUUAUUCAGCUUUUCAAACUUUGAUGAUUCCUAUGGCUCUCCUUCUUCUUCUUCUUCUGUAUCACUACCUCCGUCCAGUUCACAGGCUCCUCAGCCAACCUCGUCUUCUUCUUCUCCAUACUCUCCGGUGCUCACACCUCCAAGUCUCCCUGAAUAUUCCCCCAUCUCGCACCCUCCUCCUCAUGAGCAUCACCCACCUCCCCCUCCCCAAAACUCUCAAAGCCCAAGCCCACAUUCAAAGCACGGCCCAAGCCCACCAAAGACUCGCCCAAGCCCACCAAUGGCUUAUUCGCCUCCUAAUGGUUACACACCUCCGCCGUCGGGCACAACCACAUCGACUCCUCCCCCACCGCAUAAUAAAAAGCCGCAGUCUUCGGGUCACUGGUGUGUUGCGAAGCCUACUGUUCCUGACGCGAUAAUCAAACAGGCCAUGGAUUAUGCGUGUGGGUCAGGUGCGGAUUGCAAGGAGAUUCAGCCUAAUGGGCCGUGCUAUGAGCCCAAUUCGAUGCUGGCCCAUGCUUCGUAUGCCUUCAACAGUUAUUGGCAGAACAGGAAAGCGUCCGGAGGCACUUGUGAUUUUGGAGGCACUGCUAUGCUUGUCACCGUUGAUCCGAGUUUUGGGAAAUGCCACUUCAUGAUGAACUAGCUACCUCAAGGCUUUUACAAUGAAACUUGGUGGGACUUAAAUAAAUAAAAUUCCAAUUUAUUAUUUGCCCACACACAUAUCAAUAUAUGUUGAGAUUUUUUCAUGUAACUUUCCAUUUUGUUGCUGUACGUACAUGCGCAGCUCUGUAUUGCCCCUUGGAGUAUUGAUGGCUUUCCCCACUUUGCCCUUUUACUUUUUAAAGAAUACUUUUUCUCCCCUUUGAUAUGGGUAUUUUGCUA